ACCCAAAAUUGCUUCCAUUUUCUUCAUUACGACUUUGCUGUCUGAACAAGUCUCAGUUUCUCUGGCAACUUUCCGGCCAGUCUACGUCGCCGUUGAUCUUCAUUUUUGCCCCUUGAUCUUCUCCAGUAGAACCUCGCCAUGUCGGUACAAACCAUCAAGGUCAGCAAUCUUUCCUUGGGUGCAAGUGAGAGAGACAUAAAGGAGUUCUUUUCUUUUUCUGGUGAUAUUGCAUAUGUCGAAAUGAUGAGUGAUACUGAGCGGUCCCAAAUCGCUUACGUUACCUUCAAGGAUGUACAAGGAGCUGAGACUGCAGUUCUCCUUUCGGGAGCGACAAUAGUGGAUAUGUCUGUCACCAUAACUCUGGCUCCAGAUUACGAGUUGCCACCUGCUGCUACAGCAGCCAAUGUAACUGAGAAUAAAUCGCCUGGUGGGGCUGAAUCUGCAUUACGGAAGGCAGAGGAUGUUGUUAGUGGCAUGCUUGCCAAGGGGUUUGUCCUGGGCAAAGAUGCAGUCAACAAGGCAAAGAAUUUUGAUGAGAAGCACCAGUUGACCUCAACAGCUUCAGAAAAAGUUGCUUCUUUUGACAAAAAGAUUGGGCUCAGUGAGAAAAUAAGCGCUGGUACCUCUGUGGUUGGUGACAAAGUUCGCGAAGUGGAUCAGAAAUUUCAGGUCUCGGAGAAAACCAAAUCAGCUUUUGCAGCUGCUGAGCAGACAGUGAGUAACGCUGGAUCUGCUAUAAUGAAGAACCGGUAUGUGUUUACCAGUGCUUCAUGGGUUACAGGUGCUUUUAAUAAGGUUGCAAAGGCAGCUGGGGAGGUUGGUCAGAAAACAAAAGAGAAAGUGGGAAUGGUUGAAGAGGAGAAACAUAGGAAAAUAGAGGAUGACUAUGCUCAAGUUCUAUCUGAGUCUCCAAAAGCAUCUGCGCCAUCCGAGCAUGACCCGUCCAAGCCAGAACCUGUUAAAGGUUUGAUCCUCUGAGUUUCAGCCUUUGUAAAUAGCAUUAAACUUUUGGAUGCUGUUCUCUUUCGAUUUGUUGCUUUAUUCUAAUAGCAUGAAAGUGGUGAAUGUAGGACAGAUUACACCAAAUUUGUUGAACAUGUGCAAUUAAUGUUUUUACCCUUCUUGCACUAUAAUGCCAGUAAACCAAACUUUUGUGAGGUAUUUGAUUUGCUUUUUUCUGUUUCAA